UCACGCAGGCUGCAGGCGUCGCGUCUAAUACCCUCCCUGCAUACCCAGAUGGCACGGAUGGGCGUGGCGCCACCGGCUCCACCCCAACAACCACAGGACCCAAAACAACAGCUAGCGCCUCUCGGGAGAAUGUAUUGCAGCGCAAAGUGGCUGAACUCGAACAAAAGAUGGCCAUGUCACGUAGCAUCAUGAAGAAGCUCUACCACAAAAACGUGGAGUUGGAGAAGGAGCUAGCGAUUGCCAAGGCCAACAGCGGCGGCCUGGACCUCACAUCGCCGCCUGCCACGGCUGCUGCCAGCCGCCCAGGGACGUCCCUGCGGCCGCCUGCCACGGCGCCCGCGAGUAGCGGCAUGGCGGCGGCGGACGCAGGCCUGACGUGGCAGGCCCUGCAGGAGCGAGACCUCACCAUCCGGCAGCUGCAGCAGGCGCUAGAGGCCUCACGACGUCGCUGCGCGCUGCUGGAAAUGCAGCUGGCAUCCGGGAACACAGCCGGCGGCGGUGGGGGAGCUGCUGUUAAUAGUGGGGGCGGGACAGGCGGUGGAGGGCGGGGCAGCAGCAGCAGCAUGGGGCCUGGGGCAGCAGGGGGCGGCGGCGGUGGAGGCAGGGGCGGUGUGAGCGCGGACAGCUUGCGGGAUCUGGUUGCCCAGUCGGCGCUGCACCAUCAGAAGUAUAAGCAGAUCCGGGAGGACUACAACCGCCUGUUGUACAAGCGGGCCAGUGCGCUGCAGGUGGGCUCCCGCUCCACCUCCGCCAACGCACUGGCGGCCCGGGCGCUGGUGGGAGAGCUGCAGCGGCGGCUGGAGGCGGAGGUGCAGGAGCGCGAGGCGGAGGCGGCGCUGUACAGCGCACGGCUGUACGAGAGCGAGAAGGCCAUGUCAGACUGGUACGUCGAGAAGCGGCUGCUGCAGGAGCACAUCGCGCGGUUGAGCGGCGAGGUGGCGGAGCGGGACAAGAUAGACGGCGAGAUCGAGGGCUGUGUGGCCGCCAUGCUGGAGCGGCUGCGGCUGGUGGAGGCGGAGAAUGAGGCGUUGAGGAGCAGGCU